GUAAUUUACAGGUCCAAGCGCACUUGGUAGUAUAUUCAAAUCCUCCUUUAUAAAUAUAUGACAUACCACCAAGCUCAUUACAGUACACCGGCAAAACUCAGAAGAGGGAAAGAGAGAUGAUGGCAGCAGAUACCACCUCCUCCAAUGGAUUUUGGCAGUUGAACUCUCCAUUGCCAUACCUGUUUGUUGGGUUGGCUCUACUGCUGGGCGUUAUAGCGGUUGCACUCAUCAUACUAUCCUGCUCACACAAACAGCCUCCUGCAGACUUGGCAACUGAUGAUGACAAAGAUAAGCCACCAAAACCGAUGCACACAGACCCAGACACCGUGCUCGUAGUCAUGGCAGGAGACGACAGUCCCAAGUACCUGGCAAAGCCCAUGGCGUCGACUACCCAUACUGAGCAAGUCUGAGCUGGGGAUCGUCCGUCACGGUAGACAUGAAGUUCUUUAUUUUCUCCUUACAGUAUGGGCUUUUGUGUUUGUCAGAAUUCUCGGGAAUAUGUAAAAUUUUUAGGUUAGAGGGGAUGUUAAUCAUCUUGUAAAUUAGCUAUGUAUCGAUCCAUCUAAUAUAUCGUUCAUUAUUUCUCCUUCUCUUUUAUUA